GAUCUGAGUUUCCCUUUGCUUUUGUCCUGCAGUCCCACCCGCUGUCCCUGUGCAACACCAGUGAGGAUGAACACACCGAAUCAGGAUUCAUCACCAUUGUCAAGCUUGAACAGCCGGAUCGGGAUCCCAACCCUUGCCUGUCACUGGCUAACAAGGCAAAGCUGGCGGGGGAGCGUGGAGCCCGUGCAAUCCUUUUUGACAUUACUGAUGAUGAAAGCGCUGCUGAUCAGCUGAGAAAGCCCAGAGGUCUGAGUCAGCCUGUGGUUCUGAUCAGGGGCCAUGAUGCUGAGCUUCUCAUGGGCGUUGUGAACAAGAACAGAGAGGCCCACGUGAAGAUAGAGGUCAAGGAGCCACCAGCUUGGCCAGACUAUGAUGUGUGGAUUCUUCUCACGGUGGUCAGCACUGUGGUCGUCAUCAUUUUGAUUUUUGUUGUCCGCACAAAGUGCCAGCUGAACAGGACUCAGGACUCCUUGCAGCAGCAGACCAUGCAGGCCAUCGGGCAGUUGGCCACGCGCAAGUACCAGGCAAGGUGCCGGCAGGCAUCGCGGUGGGACUCAGCCAGCAGCUGCAGUUCAGCCCCGGUCUGUGCGAUUUGCCUGGAGGAGUUCAGCGAGGGCCAGGAACUGCGGAUCAUCUCGUGCUCCCAUGAGUUUCACCGGGAGUGUGUUGACCCCUGGCUGCAGCAACACCAUACAUGUCCGCUUUGCAUGUUCAAUAUUCUUGCCAGAGACUCGGAUCAGGCCACGGCCACUGGCUCCAGGCUGGCCCCUCGGGACAUGGAGCCUGGACGGCGACUCCACCUUUUCCGCCAGCACCCAGGACAUGCCCUUUACCACCUCCCACAUGCUUAUCCUCAGAGGAACCUCAGGAGCUUUCCCCUGGAGCCAGCCCAUGGCAACCCCUUCUUCCACUCUCCAGAGCUCUCCCAGCUGGAUUUUGGCACCAUCCACUACAUGCCCUACAGGCCAGCCACCUCCCUGCUCACCUGUGCCCAUCCAUCCCCCCUGGCCCAAGGCUUGCUGGCCCAGCACCAUCCCAACCCCUCGGUGUGCGGGCAGACGCUCCCACCCCACAGGACUUGUUCUCUCCAGCCCCAGCCCCCCUGCCUGGGGCUCAAGACAGCCCUGGCACAGAAGCAGCACCCGGCCAAGCCCCAGGUGCUCAGCCACGUCCACUACCACCACCACCAGCACCAUCACUACAGAAGAGAUGGGGAGGGUCCACCCGGGCGGGCCGGGCAGGGGCCUGGGCAGCGCAAAUCCCGGUACUCUGGGGCCAAGGUUGGCUUCCACAGUGCUCGGACACAAAAGAGGGCUGAGAAAAGCCCUCAGCAGCCUCUGGAAAGCAGUGCUGUGGCAGCUCUGGCAGGACAGCCAGCCUGUCCUCAGCAAGGCCGGGAGCCCCCUCAUGCCCCCUCCGCUUCUCCAAAGAGAUUGGACUUCAGUGUAGAUGCCAACAGACCAUCAGGAGCAGCUGGUACAUCCACUGUCCCGCUGCCCCCAAGACACAGCUUACAGAGCCGUCAUCACCGAAGGAAAAGAAAGUGUCCCCUGGAGCCUGAACCUGGUCUCCUGCCCGAGGACUCAGCCUUGCCCAAAGCCUGCGAUGCUCACAUUCCUCACGGCCAUCCCGCUGGCUACCGCUGCUCACCUGAAGUCCAGCCCCUGAUCCCAAGCGCUCUCCUGCCCUGCGGCUUGGGCUCUCGGCCACUCUGGAAGUGUUUAGUGCCACAGUCCGGCUCAGAGCUGAAAAAGCAGGAGGAGGGGUUGUCAGGACGGGAGGGAAACUGAACGGUUACUGCUGAUUUCUCAGGGAAGGGCACCCCCAGACACAGUCUGAGUCUUCACCUUCACAGCCCGUCUCAGCAGGGUAGUCAGGGAUCUGAAGAGGAGGUACAGGAUGUCCAUGAACACUCAGUUUAA